CCACUCACCUCUUGAGGUGCCAAAGGACCCUGUGCUGCUUGUGACCUUCUCCUGAGCACCCGCCCCCGAGAUGUCCUGCCAGCAGAGCCAGCAACAGUGCCAGCCCCCUCCCAAGUGCACUCCUAAGUGCCCCGCCCCCAAAUGCCCCCCAAAGUGCCCCCCUAAGUGCCCUCCAGUGUCUUCCUGCUGCAGCGUCAGCUCUGGGGGCUGCUGUGGCUCCAGCUCUGGGGGCUGCUGCAGUUCCGGGGGAGGUGGCUGCUGCCUGAGCCACCACAGGCGCCACAGGUCCCACCGCCACAGACCCCAGAGCUCUGACUGCUGCAGCCAGCCCUCAGGGGGCUCCAGCUGCUGCGGAGGGGGCAGCGGCCAGCAUUCUGGAGGCUGCUGCUGAAGCGGACCCUGUGCCUAAAAGAACACAAAUGGCCAAAUAUUUCCCUUUCCUCUUCCUUCUUCUGAGCCUGCCCAUGUUGCUGAUAGUCUUGGUGAGGGUUGAGCUCAAGCAUAGAGGAUUCUUCUGUCUUGGAGUUCAGGGGCUCAAAACUUCUCCCACAAAGCCAUGUACUGACCUUGUUUUGCAUUUGUGUGGUUGCUCUGGGAAGCCCGAAGCACAGACCUAUAGCCCUUUGCAGCUGGUCUUCUUGCAUAGCUCAGCCUGAUGUCAAACAAUAAAACCAGAAAUAUGCAUUCCUUUU